UAUCGUGCAAAACAAGCAGUAAAAUAGAAAUGAAGUAAAUAUUCGAAAUUGUUUAGUUUUUAGAAAGAAAUGUAAAGAAAGCUGCAUGCCUGUGGAUAUGUUUAUAUACGAGUACAUACUCGUAUGUACCUUAAAUACGUACGUACGUAUUGUAUAUAUGAUAAAUUGUUGUUGAGAUUAGCGAAUUGUGUACAUUUUCUAUAGUGACGUCACAUAGCAUCUUAAGGUACACAAAUGCAAUAAGAAAUCUACGCACAGAAUUUUACAUGUUACAUACAAGCAGGUGUAUAUGCAUCUGUCACCCCCAUUGCAUUAAAACGUGGAAAUUCUCAGCAAACUAAUGUUAUUUGAACGGUUUGUACUACGAAAAGCAUGUCAACUGCGACGAGAUACAAACGUUCUUUUGUACCAAUUGGAGCUAGUAAAUAUAGCUCCUUCUUAAUCAACGAACGCUCACUAAAGCUUUUCUACACAAAGCAUCGUCGUCGCAGAUAAAACAAGGUACACUGAACUUCGCGCUGCCUUCCAUAGAAAAACGGUGGUUCCGGUUGUGGAGUGUACGUACGUACGUGCAAAAACACAGGCGAUAAGUGAAAAAUGUCCUCGCGCCGCAGCUCAUUUCGCAAACGUCAGAAACCACCGUUCGAACGUUUCAAAGAUAGAUGUCGACAAUUUACGGCUUUUAUGUUCAGUAACGUCGGCAUCAUACUACUUGUUAUAUUCUAUACAAUUGGAGGAGCCUUCAUUUUCCAAGGAAUCGAAUUAUUCGAAUACGAAAGACUUAGAACACAUAAAACCGUCAAACGUAAUUUUGGCGAUGAAUGCCUGCAGGAGAUUUGGGAAAUAACUGCACAGAAUAUAAGUUUCUACGAUAAUAAAUAUUAUAAGGCAAAAGUGAAUGAAAUUUUAUUGAAAUUUCAACGAGGUAUAGCUCAUCAAAACCUCCUCGAUCCAGAAGUUGACAAACAAUGGAGUUUUUCGGGUGCAUUCCUUUACUCGCUAACGGUUAUAACGACUAUAGGCUAUGGCAACAUCUCACCAAAAUCGGAUUGGGGCAAAUUAGUAACCAUUUUAUAUGCUAUCAUAGGCAUGCCACUCUUCCUACUCUACCUUUCCAAUAUAGGUGAUGUAUUGGCGAAAUCCUUUAAAUGGAUUUACUCCAAAGUCUGCCUGUGUCGGAUAUGUCCAGGCGUGGCACGAAGACGCAUCAUACGGGAACGACGAAAAUUACGACGUUUGGCUUUGUCGAAAGCGCUUCACGACAUGGAAAGUCGCCGUUCGAGCAGUAGCACCAGUGGCAGUCGCAGUUCUAACAGCUCCUCAAGUAGCUAUUACAGCGAGGAGACGGAAACUUCGACACAGAGCAUGAGUGCGUUGGAGAUUUUCGAGGAGGAAAACGACUCGGAUAUUGAGAGAGAGAUACGUAUGAAUACGGAUGAGAUUACGGUGCCGUUAAUGGUUUGCGUCAUCAUUAUGAUAAGUUAUAUAUUAGCGGGUGCUAUUUUGUUUAGCCGCUGGGAGGAGUGGGACUAUUUGGAUGGCAGCUACUUUUGUUUCAUAUCCUUAAGUAGCAUCGGUUUUGGUGAUUUGGUGCCAGGCGAACGUGUGAUUACUGCCGAUAAAGACAAAGUUGAGGUUAGUUUUAUACUUUGUGCUGUUUACCUCUUGCUCGGUAUGGCGCUUAUUGCUAUGUGUUUCAAUUUAAUGCAGGAACAAGUCAUACAUAAUGUGCGCGCCAUUAAAAGAGCUUUCAAGUCCUGUUUUCGCUGCAGAAGAUGACAAACCCCUAAGACGCUUCUUGUUGAUUUCAAAAUCAUGUAUGUUUACGCUUCCUAAGUUAAAACUAGAUUAGAGGAUUAUUAUAUAAGUAUUGUAGGACGUUUUCGAAUUGGUUUAACGAAAAUAAAUUUAAAAUAAUGUUAUUUUAUCCGAAAUGUGUUCGUUUCCAGACGUAAACAACAAAGAAAAUUUUGUAAAUUUGUAUAAUUAGCUUUAAUCGGUUUUAUACUUAAGUUAAAAUAUAAUUUAAUUUAGGUAUAUUUAA